AUGCUCUUACUACCGAUAGUAAUGAUAGUGAUAAAAAUUUAUCUAGCUGAUAACAAGGAGAUAUCGGAAUGUACAUGGAUUACUUGCCUUCUACCAAAAGUGUGUCAACACAUCAAUGGCAUCGGUUGCUUUUUGCUCAUUACGUUUCACAUUUGCUCAAGUUUAAGAAAUUCUUUUGAUAAGAGUGUCGUAUGUGUUUGUAUAUACAUGUACAUUCCAGUAUUAUGCAUUAUUCCGGAUGAUGCUAUGAAAGGAGAGAUGGAAGUAUCUUCGGAAUCGGUGUCAUCAGCUAAUCAGAUGGAUCCGACUACCGAAUCUGUCCGCACAGAAUCCACUACGCACUCUUCAUUGAUUCCUAAUUCACCAUCCCAACCAUCAUCAGUUUCCGCAAUAGAAUCAUUCCCAUCUUCCAAAACAACGAUAAAACUUCCAUCUGAUAUAGUGAUACAAGUUGACCCAAAAAUACCUGAAGAAAGUUUCACGGUCAAGACGCUUCCAGAAGUGUGCUGGCUUCCUGCUGUCACUGGAUUGUGUUCGAAAGCAAAAGUGUUAUGGUAUUACAAUUCUUUAAAGGGUCGAUGUGAAAGAUUCAGUUCUAGUGGUUGCGGUAAUUCGAACCAUUUCUAUAGUCGAAGAGAAUGCGAGGAAACAUGCUUGUAA